AUGGCGCUGGAACACUUAGGUGUCAUCUCACAGGGAGACAAAGGUAGGAGCUUAUGCAUACAUUACAGUUUGUUUUGUGUUGACACAGAUCCAGAGACUAGGAAGCCUUCAGCAGAAGUGACACAGAAAGCUCCACAGAAAUCCCAGCCUGCCCCAGUCCCAGCUAAACCUCUGCCCAGGAGUAAAGGGGAGGAGGAACUCGCCAGGAUGAUCAGACAGCUGUUUAAGAACCGUCCGAAGGGCAUCUGGGCGGCCAGACUGCCAGCUGAGUUCAAGGCCAGGUUCAAGGAGGAGUUCCCCAGCUACGCCAAGGACAAACUCCAGUUCUGGCCGGAUAUUGUCAGGACUGACAGUUCCAAUGGUCCAAUCAUCUACUUCCCGGUACAAGAGCCAGCAGAAGACACACCAACGAGACAAGAUCCCCCCAAACCCACACAGAACUCAAACGGGGACCACCAACCCAACCAGUUUCUCACAAAGAUGAUGAACAAGUUCCAGCACACAAAGACCAUGAGUAUUACCAUUCAGGGACAUGGCAAGGAAGAAGAAGAAGAAGAGGAACCCGAACAGCAGAGUUCCCUGAAGUCUGUAGUAAAUGUGGUCAUCCGGCCUGCUGAACUGCCUGCUGUAGGGACAAAGCUGCAAGUGUUUGUGUCCCACUUCGAGAGUCCGGACUGUUUCUAUGUCCACCCUAAAGACUGUGUUGUGGACAACAUACAGAGGAUCAUGACUGAACUAUACAAGGACACGUGGAUAUCCCCGCCCCCCAGUUACAGCCCCGGGACCUGUUGUGCAGCUCAGUACACUGCUGAUGACUCCUGGUGCCGUGCAGUUCUCACUCACCAGACAGGGGGCACUGCAGGACAGGGCCAAGACUGCUAUUUUGUACAGUAUGUAGACUUCGGGAACUCUGAGUUUGUUGGGAAGAAGCGGAUCCAGAGACUAGUGGUACGAGCCGUGCAGCACCCAGCCCAGGCCCUCCCCUGCCAGCUACACAUGGUACGGUCCAACUCAACAUGGAGCCAAGCUGCCAAAGACAGAUUUCAGGAGCUGACGAGAGAAGAUGUAGAGCUGACUAUGACAGUAGCAGCUGCAGCUGAAGACAGGUGCGUCGUGCACCUGAUGCUACCUGAUGGAGAGGACCUGGCCGACCGGCUGGCGCGAGAACAACUCCUGCCACUGUCUAUGCCUGAAGCCGUCCCGUUACCAGAUGAACAGUUUCUGCAGGUUCUUGUUGUGGACUGUAACAACACGACAGAAGUGGUGGUCAGGAUCAGCGAAGAGAGCUACCGGACAGAACUAAAGGAGUUUGUAAGAGAAAUGACAGAGUACUACAACAGCAAACCCAGACCUGCACUGGACACAGUUCUAGAAGGAAACAUCUACGCAGCUUUUGAAGCCACAGAAGGAGUCUGGUGUAGAGUACAGGCUGUGGAUGUAGAGGAUGACAUGGUGAAGUGUUAUUUCCUAGACUUCGGAGACACGGAUGUCCUGACUGUGAACAGCCUGAGACUGCUGGCUCCAUGCUUCAGUACACAGCCGGUACAGGUUAUCAAGGUGCAGCUAGCCGGCCUGCAGGAUUUCUCCACUGACCCAGAAGUCCUGUCCAAGCUCUUUGACCUGGUGGCCGGGAAAAACUGUUUCGCUGAGAUCGAGGAAAGGGGCCCAGUUCCGGUGGUGACAUUUUAUGACACGGGUACAGACGAGGACGUCAACGUGAACGAGGUUUGUCUGAGUGUGGUCGACGCGCGAGACUUGGCUCCUACAGUCCCAGGGAUUGGAGAGAGACUGGAAGGAAAUGUCCAGUUUGUAGACAGUUCCGGUCUGAUCUACUUCACGUCGCCCGGCCCCGGACUGGACAAACUGGAGGAACUCAUGGCCAGCGCUGACCAGCAGACAAGUGUUACUGAGACGGAAGUCAACAACCCUGAAGUGGGGAAAAUCUACUACUCAUGCUUUACUCAGGUAAGGAUGAAGAGAGGGAAGGAGGGAAAGAAUGAUGGAAUGAUAAAAUGUUCCUUCCCCUCCCAUAUUUCCCAGGAUGAGUGUUGGUACAGGGCAGAAGUUACCGCUCUGCUUCCCGACGACAAGGUGUCAGUUCGCUACAUCGACUUUGGGAACACGGAAACUGUGGCGAAGAACUCGCUACGCAGUCUGCAGUCUAACCCCCAGCUGGCCUGUCUGCCUCCACAAGCACUCAGAUGUCGAUUGUCAGACCUGCCACCAGAAGGUGGAGAGUGGACAUCAGUAGGGACUAACGUGCUGUCAUGUCUGUGUAAAGAGGGGGAUGAGGACAUGAUCUGUACCAUCCAGCCUGUUCACGAACCUACACAAGACGGUAGGGAGUUUGAAUUUAUAUUUCGUUGAAGACUAACGGUUAGUAGAAAUU